UGGCUGAGGCUUAUAACAAAGAGCAGGGAAAUGCAUUUCUAUCCCGCCAUUUUAAAAACAAUGAAACCAUUUGAUAUUUUCACAUUUCGUCGCACGUGCACAGAACCCAUCUGUAUGGUGGGUUAUUUUUCCCGAUGGCUGGUGCACACUGGCCUUGUCUGCUGAACAGUCUUCGAAGUUUCGAAGCCAGUACCAGGUUGUUGGCGAGUGUAAGUUGGCUGGCUACUAGGCUGAGCUGUGGUUCACCAUGUUUAGAUCUUGGCAUUUUAGUUUAUGGUUACCUCAUAACCACACACAAUGUGAAAGUAUUUGAUGCUGUAAAACCAUACUCUGCCGAUAAAAUGGAAAAUUUGUGUCAUGCUGUCCAAGGAGAAAAUCCCAGCCACUAUACAAAUAUUCACAUGCAGAAGGUACAAGCCGGCGCAAUCCUAGGGCUGCAACCCGUCCCAGCUCCUCUCUUGAAGGUAUCCCGGGGGCUUCUGUGGUUCGUCUGGUUCUGCGGUCUUGCGGGUGAGCCAGCUGUGCACCCUUUUGAGGCCUUGGCCCGCUGCUUCCCUGUCUCUGGGCGGAGGCGCAGGGAGUGCAGUUUCCAGGUCUUAGAGGAGAACCUCCGCCCUCCUACCAGGCUAUGCCAGGCUUCUGCCCUCAUCGUUUUCAGGUUAGGCUGGGGCAGCUUCGAGGAGCCAUCAGGGCCAGGGUAGUGUACCUUGUCGCGCCGCCGUCCCGCACCUGCCCUGCGCCGGGGUUCUGCGGGAGCAGCCGGCUACCCACGCACAUGCGCAGUAGCGCCGCCGGAGCCCUGCCUCCUCCUCCUUCUCCUCCUCCUCCUCCUCCUCCUCCGCCGCCGCCGCUGUCUCCCGGUUCCGCAGUCACUUCCUGCAGCUGUUUCCCUGUGGCUCCGCUCCCACUGACUUUUGACAAUCAAUCUCCAGCAACGGAGCGGCCGAUCGGCGGCGGUGAGCUCAGAAAGUGGUCGUGGAGCGGGCGGCGGCGCGCGGAGUGGCGGGGCGGCUGCGGCCUGCCGGUUCCGGUGAGUGCGGUCCUCGAGUCCGCGCGGCUGCGUCCGUGUGCGCGUGUCAGCCUUGCCCGCGGCGUCCCGCGGGCCACCGAUCCCGAUCCUGUAGCCAUUGGCACAGCCGCCUCGGCGACUCGGUGCUCCCGGCCGGCAUCCGCGCGGGACCGGCGUGCGUGUGAGCGUGCCCAGCCCUGGGAUGGCACACGCGAGGGCGAUGCUGCAGGGGCGCAGCUUUGAGUCCUAGAUGCUGAGCCUGGGUCGCCACGGCCUCCUCCCCUUCUCAGCUUCCUUCUGUGAUGUAAAACAGCCUGCCAGGGCUGUUUUUCUGCCUGCAACGUUUUGGUGACCUCUGAGUUUGAAGACUCCGUCCAUCCCCUGUCACCCACUGGAUUAUGCUCGUGGCUUUCCUGCCUGAUGAUUCUUUUGCAGCAGGUCUGGCUUCCUUUACCUAACCGGCCUUCAACCUCUCCUCCUAUGUCAGUGGCUGCCAGGUCCACUGGGACCUUGCAGCUCCCGCCACAGAAGGCUUUUGGGCAGGAAGCAUCCUUGCCUCUGGCAGGGGAAGAGGAUUUAGCUAAGAGAGGGGAGCCAGAUUCUGCCCUGGAGGAGCUGUGUAAGCCCCUCUUCUGCAAACUCUGCAAUGUCACCUUGAACUCCGCUCAGCAAGCCCAGGCCCACUAUCAGGGUAAAAACCAUGGCAAGAAACUCCGAAAUUAUUAUGCAGCUAACAGCUGCCCUCCUCCAGCCAGGAUGAGCAGCGUGGCGGAGCCUGUAGCCACACCCCUCGUCCCUGUCCCUCCCCAGGUGGGCUCCUGCAAGCCAGGGGGCAGGGUGAUCCUGGCCACAGAGAAUGACUACUGUAAGCUGUGCGAUGCCUCCUUCAGCUCCCCCGCGGUGGCACAGGCGCACUACCAGGGGAAGAACCACGCCAAGAGACUUCGUCUGGCCGAAGCUCAGAGCCACUCAUUCUCGGACUCUGCAGAGGCGGGGCAACGGCGGACCCGGAAAGAAGGGAGUGAAUUUAAGAUGGUGACCACCAGGAGGAAUAUGUAUACAGUCCAGAGCAAUUCAGCAGGUCCUUACUUCAACGCCCGUUCUCGGCAGAGGAUCCCGCGAGAUCUCGCCAUGUGCGUUACUCCAAGUGGCCAGUUUUACUGCUCGAUGUGUAACGUCGGAGCUGGCGAAGAGGUGGAGUUCCGGCAGCAUCUAGAGAGCAAGCAGCACAAAAGCAAGGUGUCCGAGCAGCGGUACAGGAGCGAGAUGGAGAACCUGGGCUACGUUCAGUGAUGGCCGCCCUCACAGAGAAGCCUGUCCUGCCUGUUUGCCUUCUGUCGACCUGCCUUGCUUUGUGGUCCUCCAUGCCUACAUUCCUCAUUCUUCUGCUUAGUGCGAGUAACCUGCAGUGGUGCCAUGAGCCGCCAGGUCGGGGUGGGCGAGGGAAGUGUUUCUCAUAAGUCACGACGAUGCUCUUUUGGGCCAGCUGUGUUAAACAACUCACAGUGGUGUGUGAGCUUCCUGCCCCCUCAGGUGUAACUUCUUAUCUUGGCCAAGUUCUGGUUAAGCAGUAGUAGCCUGACCAUUUAGAGCCAUGAAUAUUUAAGGAUGGCACCCACUUUUGCAGUUUUAGUUUUACGCACAUUAGACGAAUUGACUUGAGUUCUUCUGAUUAUAGAGGAGACAGGUAAACGGAGAUUCCUGUUUCCGGAUGCUCCUGGGAACCAUUACUACAGUGUGGUGUUGGUAAGAUGUGCUGUCAUGGUGUGUGCAUGGGUCUCUCAGCAGCCCCUGGUUCUCUGUGGCAUAACUCUCCCUCCAUAAUUGACACAUAGGUUUUCUUGAAUUCAUACACGUCCAGAAUACUAUGUUCUUGUGGACAUGUAACGUCAUCUCCAGCUGUGAACUGCACACAUGUAAUCCUAUCUCCUCCUGUACUUAGAUCAGCUUCUCCGCUCACCCCAUUCUCUUGGCCCAGAUGUGCCGGCAGUUUCGGAGACCCAGAUUUGACUAAUGAGUUGAAGAUGGAUAUUCUUUUAGAAAAUAUAUUUUCAGAUGAUUCAAGGAAAUGCAAGGAUGUGUUUGAGAUUUCAAUUUGGAAUUCUAUUUUCACUGAUGAUUGUGUGAACUCCUGGGACAGUCAUUCUAUGGCUUUUUGACGAUUGCAUCCUGACACUGCCCUGACAUGGGCGUGCCUGGAAGAUACCCGUCUGCUGUUUCUUAAGUGGAAAAUUUCCUCUCUCUCUCUUCUUUUCUUUUCCUUUCUUUCUUUCUUUCUUUCUUUCUUUCUUUCUUUCUUUCUUUCUUUUUUUCUUUCUUUCUAAGCUGAUCAAGUUUCGGUGUCAUUUCCAAUAGAAAAACAUACAAACAUUGCAUUUUCUUCUUUGCCUCCUUGAAGAGACUGAAAAACACAGAUGACUUUGGUGUCUAAUGAUUAUAAUGGGAUUCUUAUUUUUUAAAUAAAAAGCCAUAGUGUAUGUCUAGACGGACUGAUGGAGUGUUAUGUGAACUUGUGUUCACCGUGUGUCCUUUGUCCUCCCCUUUUCCUUCCUGUGUGUGAGGCCAGCACGCCCGUGCUCUUAGGGAGGUAUGCUUCUGCAGAAGGCUUAGAGCAAGCAGUAUUUUGCACUAUUUAACAAAUACAUAUUUCACUCUUCGUGCCACCUGAGAGUUCUCUGGGCAGAAGGAGAGGGAGGAAACGCUCAGCUCCCUCCUUUCCUUUUCUUCUUUAGAAUAGUUGAGGACCCACAAUGAAAGGUUAAUUUUAUGAUUAGCUUCUGGAACAGUACCAGGUUACUUUCUCCUGGUGAAAUUGCUGGUUUCUGGAAAAGUAGAACUGUUCGGUUAAGCACUUGCCCCUUACAAACAGAAGAAAGUACAGCAUUAGUGUAAGAUUUGAUCUCCAUUUGUAGUUCCUCAUACCAAGGACCCCUCCUGUGGCCGUCUACAGAGCUGGUCAGUUUAGGGCAAUUUAGGGUGUGUCUUGUUAGCCGUUCGGUUGCUCAUUUUGCUGCUCAAUAUAAUUCUUCGGUAGACUUAAAUAUAUUGUUGGCCACUUGUUCUGUGAUGGUUUAACAGUCUCAUCUGUUUUCUCACAGGGUGUGUGUCUAAGUGUUUCUGUGUUUGUGUCCCCAGUUUUAUAUGAUAUCCCAGAGACAGUUUCACCUCAUCUUUAUCUCAGAUAACCUUGAAAGAUUCUGGGUAUGGAUUUACAUUUUAUAAAAGUUGACACUCAUCUGCUUUGAGUUUUUUCCUCUGGGAAUCAAGUCAAAGGAUAUCCCCUUCCCCCAUCCCCAAAUGCUCUCCUCCUGUAUAUACAGAAAACAGUGGACUUAAGGACUUGAUGUGUUUUCAAGCCUCAUGAAUUCAGGUUUCUAGUCUCCCAGUGCCCUUAAUGGAUGUUAGGGACGCAUAAGUGUGGUUUCUUUUAGAGUAAAUGUUAGAUUUCUGGUGUUAUUUCUAUACUCCUUUGAACUAGAGAGGGUGAUGUGUUUGUUUUAUGACACUCUGGUACCAGGUUGCCUAUGAUAACUCCGUUUGUUUCCGACCUCUGGAAGUUUAUAAGUAACGGCUAUGGUCAUUGUUGUGGAUGUCUCAAACACUUAGAAGUUCCCUGACUGAGGCUGUGUUGUCCUUACUUGUAUUCAGUGGGUAGGGCAGAGGCUGUCAGAACUGCAAUGGUGCAGUUUCUCACUCUGUGAACUCUGUAUGGACAGCGUCCCUUCCUUGUCUGGUCAAGCUUCGGUGGCAUCUGAGUCAGUUAGGCGAGCUCUCUGUUAGCUUAGUUUUGCAGUAGGAAUCCCCCCCCCACCCCCCGCUCCCGUUCCCCAGGAAUCCUAUACAUUUUGGAUGUCACAGUCAUGGAUGGACAGAAGUGUAAGGGGGACCUUGGUCCAAAAUUAAGUAAUUGCAGUUUCAUCGAUUAUCUGUAGCAUCGAGGUCUGUUCCUGUGUGGCUCUCUGCUUCAUUCUGAGGCCAAUCAGAACACCCGGAUCUAAGGCUUCAGGAAGAGUCCGGUUUCAGUCAGAUGGUCUGGAUCCCAUAUGCCUUCAGAGGGCAUUAGCUUUGGAAGUUCAGAUAUAGCCCUGUGUCCUUUGACCUUGUAGACAUCGCAUUAAGCAGGCAUUUUGCUGGUCUGGGUUGAUCUAGUCCUGCUGCUUGUAAAUGCAUGCCUGUUGUUUUACGCCUGUCUGCUUGCCUCUUACAAACUGAAUCCUGCAUUCUCCCACACUGUUUGUCUUGACAAAAGUUCCUCCUCAACACUUUCCCUUUUGGUUUGCCACUGGCUUCAAGAGUUAGGAGGUUUGAAGCCCUGGAAAUGGAUGAAGGGCCAUGGCUGAGAGCUUGUGAUACGCUGAGGUGACUUUCCCGCCUCACCCCUACAGAGCUGCCCUGUGGAGCUUUGUGUAGCCCUUGGUCUACAGCCCUACAAUCCCAGCAGGGAGAAAACAUUAUACAUACAUAUGUAUACCUGAUUAAGUGUUCUGUGUAGCUAGGGACUUGGAACUAUCCCAGCCUGCGAUUCCGGGGAGAAUGAGCAGUGCCAGUCAGUCCAAGGGCAGGUGAGUGACUUCCUCGUAGUGCUUUCUUUGCGGAGAGGCCCAAGAAUGUUCUGUAAAUGUCAAGAACUUGGGCUGGAAGUAUUUACCAGAAAAACUGGUGGGCUGUGUACCCAAGCGCUGGAGCGUCUUUAGAAAUGGGGAAACAUUUUGUUGGUGUAUGCAGAAGUUUAUGUAGAUAUUUGGAACAGGUGUUUAAAAAAAAAUUCUACCUUGCCCCCUCCCCUUAACUCUCUGUUAGGCGUUUUAUAUGUGAAUUAAAAAAAAAAAAGCUUUGUUGCUUUUGUGUUGUGUUUGGGCGAGUGUCCCGUGAGCUGCCAUGUCAGCGUAGCUGAGUGGACACUAGCUGUGUAAAUAACCUCUCAUGCGACAUUUGUGUGGAUAGCUGUGUGGCAUUUCCUUCCAUUAUCAAUAGGGACUCUGUGAACGCCCUUUCUCUGUAGCUACCAAAAAAAGCCCUGGCUUAUGGUCCCCUGUGACCUUGUGUCCGUUAAACCCAGAAUAUGAGUGCCUUUAGCAAGCGUUAGCAUUUCACAGAGGGUAGAGACGACAGAAUUUACUGCCAUUAACCACUGUUCAUAAAAUAGCUGGAAAUAGCGACGAUCCUCGUGAAUUCUGUUCUAUGUCGUGUGUCCCCCCCGUUUCUUAGUGCAGUCUCGGUUUGCUUUUGGGUACAGUGUGCACUCUGGACAGGAGCCUGGCUGCUGAGGCUGGCAGUGGUCACCUCGGCGGCCAUCUUCGAUGCUACAGAGGACUCAGAGCUUGAGAUGCUGAUGCUGGAAAAACUUCCUACACUGACCGUGUUCCAGCUGGUUCUUCUGUAGAGUGGAGACAAUUAUGUAUCUACAAACAGUGUAUUGCGAGACUGUCUGGGACAGUAGCUCCAGAUCACGCUGGACUUCAUCUCUGCGUGGAUGGAGGGAGCUUGCCAAGCAAGAUCGAGGCCUUUGGAAACGACAACUUCCUUCCUUUGACUAACUGAAAACGCUAAAAUUCCUGAGGUCUUUAUGAUCUUUUGAACAUACAAUUAAACCAAUUUUCAUGUAGAAAUAGUAACAUUUGCCUCAGAAUUUUAUUACGAAGAAUUUUGGACAUUUGUCAAAGUGGAAAACAUUUUGGAGUACACCUACCUAACUCUUCUAUCUCCUACUAUUGACAUUUCCCCACUCGUGUUCCUUCCUAUCUCCCAUGAGCCAAUUGCUGUGUUCUUCUGUCUGCCCCUCAGGACGGAUGGCUCUAUACAUUUCAGACAGCGUCCAUACCAUGGGCAGCAUACACUAGGAUUAAUAUUUAAAUGUUAAUGUCUUAGGAAGACCGCAUGUGUAGGUCUUAACCUAAGCCAGUAAACAGUCUCUGUUCUCUCCUGUGGAUAUCAGUCUUCCUUGUCUCUGUUCUUGAGUGUGCUUAGAGUUUCCAACAAGUCUGCACCAGGUUCCCUGGCCCACAAACCUUAUGUUCCGGACAGGACUUGCUGUGAACUCCCAGGCGCUAUAACCAUUCGCCUCCUAUGCCUGUACAUAGCAGGAUUAAACUUGGAGACAACAGUUCUGUCCACUGAGGGGUGGGCAAGCCUUAGAGCAGUCUCCAGCUUUCCCCCAGUCAUGUCAGGGAAAACUGCCGUCUGCCUCCAUCCUGUGCCCACCCUAUGUGGCCAGCUCUGCAGAACUGAAGGGGUUUGCUCAGGUUGGAUGGAUCGGAUGGGUAGGACCAAAUCACAGGCCAACCCUGAGUGCUCUUAGGUUGUAACCUUAGGCUUCCAGUGUAACUGAACACUUCCUUUGUGCCCUUAGAAGGACUGUAUUUAUUUUCUACCAAUUACAAUUUUAGUUUUAGACAUUUCACAGUUCUCUUCCCGUGGUCAUUUGUUGUUUUGCGAUGCUCCAUGUAGCUCAGGUGAGUCAAUUCUACCACGCAGCCAAGGGUGACCUUGAACUCCCCCGAUCCUCCUGCCUCCACCUCCUGGUGCUGGGAUUACAGGCAUGUACCACCAUGCCAAGCUAUGAAUAAAUUGUAGUUUUAAUUACGUCCAAAGCAAUUGCUAAAAUCUCACUGCACUGUUGAACACCGACUCAUGCAGGGUCUGCCUGAUUGUUUCACUAUUGCAAAUGGUGUUCCCAUCACUGACUCGCCCAUGCACUCUCUACCUGAUGCUUUUUUUUGUUUAAGAAAUGACUCCAUAUGUCAGGGAGAGCGAUAUUGAUUGUCUUAGGGCAAAGCCCUAUUGGGAACAAACCCUCCUGGAAGUGGCUGGUCGGUCGUUGUUCUGCCUUCUUCUGGUUAUCUGAUCACCCACCAAAGGUUCUGUAAGCCAGUGUGUCAUUUUGUAAGUCUCAUGUUGACUCUGUUCACCUGUCUUCCCGCCCCCCCGCCCCCUCCCCCCGCAUGGGUUUUGUGUGUCGUCUUUGAAAUGCCUUAUUGGGUAUGCCAGGCUCUGCUGUCGAGCAUCCCAGCUGUCUGCUGAGACAUACAUAUCCUCCCUGGGAUGUGCUCUUGAUCUGGAAGCAACACUGACCUAGCUUUCAGUAUCAAGGGUGCAUUUUAACACAGCUAUUGUCUUAAGUUAGAAAUGAAGCAGGAAGCCGAGAGAGUGUGGAACCCUUCAUGUGAUCAGUGUGGUGACCUGUAAAUGUGCUUUUGCUGUUUCACUGGAAGGGACGCAGCUAAGAAACGCCAGUCCAAACCCGAAAGUGGGGCUGUGUCAUAUAUCACGCCCUCCACUUGUCACUUGGCCAUUGAGAAUCUGAGCAGGCCAUCGGGCAGUGGGCCAGUCUCUAUGUUCUGGGGCUACAGAGCUGACUGACGUCACCGGAUUCAAACCAAUCAACUGUGAAUUGUGAAACUGAAGUUGUUCUUUCGGUUUUUAUCUCCCUCAGCCUAUUAAGUGUAGAAGUCCGAAUGUCAUUUAAGCUUAGACCACUUAUGUUGGCUCAUCUUGGCUGUGUACUCUCAUGUAUGUACUGAUUUCUGAUAAAGGCUUGAUGAUACUGUAACGGACUUUCUGUGUUCAGUUCAAUAAAACAGUUUCUGAGUCUCAUCUCAAAA